ACCACGCAAUUGCCAUUUUUAAAACCUUCAUCAUCUCCAAAUUUUAGCAGAACCCAAAAACCAUAAAUCAAAGUACAAAACUUUAUACCCUUUUUAAAUCUCUCCCAACAAAAUUCACUAUUUCCACCCAAAAUUAAGCUAAUCUUGAAAUAAAAAAUUCAAUUUUUAUCUUAUUUUUGCACUUGUAUUUGAUAUUCUUGAUAUGGGGUUUUGAAAAAGUUUCAAUCUUGAACUAAAGUUUCAAUUUUUCUCUGAUUUUUUGUACUUGAAUUUGAGAUUCUUGAAAUGGGGUUUUGAAAAAGUUUCAAUCUUGAAUUAAAAUUUCAAUUUUUCACCAUAAUCAAAGUUCAAAUUUCACCCAAAAUUGAAGUAAUCUUGAAAUUAAAAAUCCAAUCUUUAUCUGAUUUUUGGAGUUGACUUUGAGAUUCUUGAAAUGGGGUUUGAAAAAAAUGACAAAGCAAGUUCAUCCUCACAUGUUUUACAAAUUCCAAGAGAAGAUACACCACUUUUAAUUGAAAAUCAGGAACACCUUUCCUCACCUUCAAAAACAUUUGGUAAUGUUUUUAUAGCUAUUGUUGGUGCUGGUGUUCUUGGUCUUCCAUAUACUUUUAAAAGAACAGGAUGGAUAAUGGGUGCUUUAAUGUUAUUUACAGUUGCAUUUCUAACUUAUCAUUGUAUGAUGCUUCUAGUACUUUCUAGAAGAAAAAUUGAAUCCAAUAAAAAAACUUCCCAAAUUGCAUCUUUUGGUGAUUUAGGAUUUGCUGUUUGUGGAAAUGUUGGUAGAUCUGCUGUUGAUGCUAUGAUUGUGCUUUCUCAAGCUGGUUUUUGUAUCAGUUACAUGAUUUUCAUAGCCAAUACUUUAUCAUAUUGUUUUAAAAUAUCCAAAAUCUUGGUGAUUUGGAGCUGUUUUCCAUUUCAAUUGGGGUUGAAUUCAAUUGCAACUCUUACACAUUUAGCCCCUCUGAGUAUUUUUGCUGAUGUUGUUGAAUUAGGUGCUAUGGGGGUUGUGAUGGUUGAAGAUGUAAUGAUUUAUGUAAAAAGUAGCCAUGCUCUUGAAGCUUUUGGGGGGUUUAGUGUGUUCUUUUAUGGUCUUGGUGUGGCUGUUUAUGCAUUUGAAGGUGUUGGAAUGGUAUUGCCUUUGGAAGCUGAGGCAAAAGAUAAACAAAAAUUUGGGAAAAUCUUAGGUUUGUCAAUGGCUUUGAUAUCCUUAAUGUAUGGUGCUUUUGGUGUGUUGGGAUAUUUUGCUUUUGGUGAUGAGACAAAGGAUAUAAUUACUACUAAUCUUGGACAAGGAUGGCUUAGUAGUUUGAUUCAAAUUGGUCUUUGCAUAAAUUUGUUUUUCACUUUUCCAUUGAUGAUGAAUCCAGUAUAUGAAGUAGUGGAAAGGAGAUUUUGUGAAGGGAGGUAUUGUGUUUGGCUAAGAUGGAUUGUGGUUUUGGUAGUGACAUUUGUGGCAUUGUUGGUUCCAAAUUUUGCUGAUUUCUUGUCAUUGGUUGGGAGCAGUGUGUGCAUAAUUCUUGGCUUUGUGUUGCCUGCUUUGUUUCAUCUGAUUGUGUUUAAAGAUGAGCUAAGAUGGUAUGGUUUGGCUUGUGAUGGUGCAAUUAUUCUAAUGGCUGCAGUUUUGUCACUGUAUGGAACUUAUUCUUCCGUGCUGGAUAUAUUUGGACAAAAGGCUUAAUUUGUAGGGGUCUGGGAGGGUGAGGUGUAGUCUGCCUUUUGCCUUUGUGGGGUAGAGAUGUUGUUUCGGGUAGACCCUCGGCUCAAGAAGGCUUAAAUUGUUAGGCUUAAAUUGUGUGUUUUCCUUUUUUAUGUACAAUCUUAAGAGAUGUUUAUCAUCAUGCAUUAUGGUUCAGAUUGGAUUCAAUUUACUCUUGAGGGUAUUUAUAAUCCCUAUCAAGGAGUAAGUUGUCCAUUUUUUUUCUUCUUCCUUCCUACCAUUUGUAAAUUUGCUUCCAUCUGAGGCCAUUGAUAAUAGGCUUGGUAGAACUAUGGAGGUUGAGUGUAAGGGACAUAAUCAUGUCCACUUAGUAUUCAUUGCAAAUGGUCAUAGCUUGCUAAAAUGGCUAUUUGGUUC